CUCUGGAUAUGGUUGGCACAAUUUUCAAAUUUUAUCAAAAUCUAAAAAUAAAGACCAAUCAAAUUCUUGAGUUCAUUGAGCGGUAAUGGUGCAAGUAUUGCCUAGCAACCACUUGACAUUACAUUGACAUGCAAUUCUGAGUAUCGCCGCGAAAAUAUCGUACACGUUGACAGUUGGAAAUGACUUGAAAGAGGAAGUUGUUACAAUGACAGACGAAGUUCGACUAGAAGUAAUAAAGAAGACGCAAGAUAUACUUGGGAAAUACUUUAAGAAACCACCGUUAACCGAUAAAUUACUCCGCAAACCACCUUUUCGUUUUCUCCACGACAUCAUAUCGACCGUUAUUGCGCAGACGGGUUUUUUGGAGGGAUUAUUUACGGAGGAAGAAUUAAAUUCUGAUAAUAUAAAAGACAAGGAAGCAAAACUUGCUUUCUUGACAAAACUUAUUGAUGUUGUCAAAUUAAUUUCAGGUGCAAAUUUAACAGUUAGAGCCAGUAAGAUUAUCUCUGGUCAAGAAGCAACAAAGACAAAUGAAUUAUUACAAGCUAUUGGGAAAGCUCUUGAUAAGAAAGUCAGUAGUGCAGAAGCAAUUGAACAUUAUAAGAAGGGCAUAGAGAAAAAAGCACAAGCAGGAUCAAAGUUAAAAUCUACAAAUAAAGAUGAAAUUUCAAAGAAGCCUGCAACAAGACAGUUUUCACAAACAAGAAAGUCGUCGGAAAAAGAGAAAAUCUCGGCAGAGCAAAAGAAAAGAUCCUCCAGUACGGGGAAAAUAGCAUCGAGUGAAGCAAAACACACCAAGGGCAAGACUGAUGAGAGAAAGAUGAGAGAAAAGAAGGAAAAAAGUUCAAAGAAUGUUGAGCCAAUAGAUAUCCCAGUGACUGAGUCAGUUGAAGAAAAAGUUCCCACUUCAGCGCAAAAGAGGAGGUCUUCCUCAUCUGCUAAAACGAAACAGAAUGUCACGGCAUCAAUGGAUGCGGUCGAGCCAAUAGAGGAGCAGAUGCAACAUAGGAGCUCUUCAAGUAGAAUAAGACAUUCAGCACAAGCAAGCGGCUCGCGGGAAAUAGUAGCAAAUUUGUCUACAGAAUCUGUCAAUGAAGAACAAGAUACACUGAUCAGCAAUCAUAUCAUGGAAACUAAAGAAAAUGGGAUACCAGAAGAAGACAAAAUUCUGCAAAACACUGAGAACGGUCGAUUAAUAUCAGAUCUCGUAGGAUCUCAAGUCGAAACUAGUGAAACAACCGUUUUACAACAACUGAAUACAAGGCCUAAAACUUCAUUAAGACCGCCCAGCGCAAGACCUAUUAGUGCCAGGCCAGCAGCACCCAGAAUGAGAGCAAAAGCAGAACUGAUCAUCAAUGAAGAAAUACAAACACCAUUGGGCAACAUCAGCGUCAUUGUAGAGAAUUCCGAUUUGAAAGAUGAUGAUGAUGCUGAAGAUAUGGUGGUGAUGGAAGCCAAGGGAAGUAGCGGCGAUUUCCUGGAGAAUGGAGAUUACAAAAUAGACAAUCAGUUGAUGCAGGAGCACGGGCACCUUGUGGCACAAAUCUUAGAGACCCAGAGGGAGUUAGUCAAUACAGACAAUGUUGACGUAAUGCCAAAGAAAGUGGACAUUGCUUGGGAAUCAGGUUCAAAACGUGAUCGAGAAGCCGCAGUCAAGGAAAUUGACAAAUUAAGAGGGACUAUACAGACGUUAACGCGUACAACAAAUCCUUUAGGGAAACUGUUGGAUUAUCUACAAGAAGAUGUAGAAAUGAUGGAAAAAGAAUUUUCAGACUGGGAAAAUCAAUACCAUCAGCUGAGUGAGCAACUAGAAAGAGAGCAAAAAGAAACGCAAGAAAUAAUAGAGCCUAUGAAGGAAACAUUAAAGGAAAUCGAGAGUAAUAUAAAAACUCAAUUAGAUAAAAUAUGUCAAGUAAAGUCACAAAUUAUGAAAAAUGAUCAGAAAAUUCAGCGACUACUUAAUGGUCAUUUAUAAUAUGUAGCCAGUAACUACAUGCAUUAGGCU